AUGGAGGGUGCAGAGUACAAAUACCUGUACCGAUUAAACAUGGAAACGCAAAGCGGUUCAAUAUUGGAUCAGAUACGAAACAAACAUAAUACUGAGGAUUCCAUUAAUGCAGCAAAUGCCGAAAGUGACGACGGUAUACGUGUAAAAUUACGAGCAUUACUGGUUGCACUUUUGGGUGUUUCAAUGUCGGCGUGCGCUUUCGCUUCACAGCCCGUGGAGUUGGAAAUGGAAGAUGACGAUGUCACUAACAAACUCAACAAUGUCAGCUUUGCUAGAAGGAUAACUAAACCAACAAUACGUCUCAUGAUGGGUUAUGGAAAGCUGAGCGCGUUUGUCACUGCAACAACAUCUCUAUUGCUGCUCGUUGCUGUUAUGUCUAAGCAAUCCUGGUGGCGUCGUGGUGCUCGAUGGCUAGCAGCACCUGCAUUGCUCGUUGCAGCAUUAGAGGCUGCCUCCGAUGCAAGCGAUGCGUUGCUAGCAGCAGUUCUACGAGGCACAUCAAACCCUAUAGUCGUCGUCGUCCAAACAUUUGCAGCGUGUUUGCUUAUCACCGUUGAGAUUCUCGUUUGGUACUUUAUUGCUAAAUUUUUUGAGUAUAAUCCUCCGGGGACAGGGGACGAUAAAAAAGAAUCUGCGAAUGGCUCAAUAAUUUCAAAUGUACAAUAG